UAUAAUACACCGAGGUUUUGGGACUAUCCCAAUAGCAUCGGCUGUGACUCAUCGCUCGAGGAAACCCUGAGAGACAAACGCGAGUAUUAUCCGAAACCGAACGAACUCUUCCGAAGUCCAACGAAUAUAACAGACACUGAAGAGACAUUAUUGUUCAUCCUACAGAGUGAAUCUCCCACAGAAGUGCGGAAUAUUUGGAGACUUGUGCACCUGAUUUGACCGUCGUUGACAGAGCUCGAUACUGGUUGUACAUUCGGCCACUUGGCAUGUACCCUAACGUUACGAUGCCAUCCAAAGAAGUGACAACGCUGAUGAAGAACCUGAACGAUGUAUUGACCACGAUGUCAACGGGAGCCAUUCCUGCAGAUGGAGAGGACUACACUGCCUCAGAAGACAUCAUGGACAUCUCAAGUUAUGCUCCUCCUAUGACCAGCGCUCACCCCAUGAGCACACAUCAACACGCCAUCCCAACAUCUGUCAUCACACCGACAUCUUUGACGAGUGGAUGGCUGCCCCACCUCAACAACAACAUCCACGGCGGAAACUUUGUUCCUCCCUCGGUGUCUACCAACUCCCACGGGCCCAUCACCGGCAGACACGGAUCUCGCGGCUUGCACCACGGGAGAGUCUCCUCCGAACUCUUGAGGAUGUCUCCUUCAACAUCUAGGAGAAGAAUUAGAGAUGAAGAGUUGCCAGUUGAGGAGAGAGACAAAAGGCGAGUCCGCCGGGAGAGAAACAAGCUUGCUGCGGCCAAGUGUCGCCAGAGGCGUGUGGACCACACCAACACUCUCAUUGGGGAAACUGAAGAUUGGGAGGAGCAGAACGCCACAUUGGAGCAAGAAAUCACCAAGCUCCAUCAGCAGAAGGAGCAGCUUGAGUUUAUCCUGGAGGCACACAAGGCAAUGUGUCGGCAGAACAAAGCCAACAAACAGACAGGCACCACCUCCACCGCUACAUCCACCAGCACUCUGGAUACCCCUACAACCGAAGUGGUCACGCCCACCAGCAUCUUCAAUUACACGGUUCAAAAUGGCGACGCGGGAGAUAACAUUAUGAGCUGCGGGAGGGAGGCGAUCAAAUCAGAGAGCGGCAGCAGUGAUAUGUCCAGCCCGGAAUCCAAUAGGACUCUCAUUCAACUUUGAGACAAACAAUGAAGAAACUUUGAUGAUGUAAGACGCUAUGAUGUAAGACGCUAUUAAGACUUGACCAGCAGGCAAUGGCAAAUGAUCUAUUUAACACCCUGCUCUUUGCAUAGUUGCUGCUCAAUUUGAUCAAACCACCUUUCUAGAAACUUCAAAAGCCAAAAUGUAUUCAAGAAAAAAAUGAACUGAAACUAUAUUGCCUGCUCCAAAGGAAAAAAAAGUGUUCAACAGAAAUCGUAAUCCUGAUGAUAUUAAUUACUCUAAUAUGAAUGAUGAUUGUAAUUGUAAAAGCAUUGAAGCACACAGAAAUAUCGCUUCUCCCUCAAUCGCCAUCUUUUUAUUCUGAAGAUUCCAAAAGAUUACAAUUUGUAUUCCAAACUAGUCCGCUAACACAAACCUUAACAGAACGCAGACCUUCAGAAGAUUUCUGGUAAUCAAAAUAGGUUUCCAUGCUAUUCACUAAUUGAUCAUGAAUGUUACAGAGAGUGGAGCUAAAUUGCAUUCACCACUAUUCAUUCCAACAUCUGACGAUUUCAGUGUAGUCUCACUCGACUAAGAUAAUGUGUAAUAAUUAAUCAAAGUGCAAUAAUACUUUUGUUGGCGGUAGAAUAUUUAAAGCUGUUUUCCUCCAAAUUAUUAUAAUUAAAAUUGCACAUGCCAAUGAUGCCAAUAAUUAUGAAGUUAUAGUUUUUAAAUGAGGGCAUUACACUAAGUAAUGUGUGGAUAAUUUGAAGAUUGCAUGAAUUCGCAUAACGCCGUAUAUGACUUUUACUUGCGCUACUCAGAUAACAUUGUUUGGAAUCGUAUACAAAGAACGGUGCUCAUUGAAGUUUGUUACCUAAAGAAGUCUAGCUUCUAGGCUUCCGCCCACGCAUUUAAAUACUGACUUUGAAUGAGGGGCCUUGCUCGGGAGGAGUGAGUCAGUUUAUUACUCAUCGCAGAAAAAAAGUUUAUUUGAAAGCAAGUGUCGUUUUUGUAGACCUGGGAAAGAUGAUCUAAUACCUCGCUAAUUAAUUUGACCUUUCCAAGCUUUUGUUGAGUCAUCGACUGCUGUUUUGGAUUUUGUUUUCCGAACCUACUUCAACUGUAUCAGUAAACUGUUGUAUAUGCAUUCAUGCCAUCUUAUUGGAAGUUUUUGAGGAAUGAUGAAUACAGAAAACUGAAAUAAAAACCAGCGGAUUUGCCUUAUUUUUCAUGUAAAUCGUCGAAGGGCUCUUCGAAAGGGGAGUAGUUCUUAACGUAUUAAUACUGUAUCGCCGUAUUUGGUAAUUUUCCAGUUUUGAAGAUUUUAAACGACGAUGGAAUUUUUUAAAUAUCGGAACACUGCCAGUGUUAUUGUUUUUCAUGUGGUGUAAACGUGAAGUUUUGUUUUAAUUAUUAGUAUGUUCAUAUUAUGACAGCUUAGCUUUUUAUUUAUAAAUUAUUUUUAACGAGACAAAGAAAGCAAACAGCGUCGAAGCGAUGCUGCGCUGCUCCAUCAAAGAUAUUUAUUUAUUUAUUUAUUUUGUAAAUAACCACAUAAAACAUACACAGUAUCAUUCUGUACAUUAAUCAUGGUUUAUGUUUGGAGAUUUGCUUUUGCUUCGGUCCAAGUUUCAUUUCUCUGUUGACCAUAGAGUUUGAUGUAUAGCAAGAAUGUAUUAAACUGUGACGUGGUCGUAAAAUAGUAAUUUCUGGAAAUAAAAAUGUACAACUGUGAACGUGUUGCGUACGAUUCAGAAUGUCCAUGUGUUAAUGUCUUUUAAAAUAUAAAUGAGGCUAUGCAUUGUGUGAUUUUAACAUUCAUGUUUUUCUAUCACUGCCAUGAUAUCUUGUAUUAAUUCACUGUAUCAAAACAUGUAAAAACAUUUUAACAAAAGGGUCUGCUGUAAUGCAUAAUACCUACCACAUGUACAUCAUGUUGAAAAGCGUUUGUCAUAAGUAGCGAUGCUAUGAGAUGCGAAUUCAUACGUGUAUAAUGUCUGUGUCUAGUUUAUACGUUUGUGAUGUACAUGUACAUGUACAAGUUCUGUGUAAUAGGAUAUUGUGUGCUAGGAUGAGAUUUAGUGACUUCAGAUUGUGAAAUAAAACCCCGUGACAAUUUGCGGAUACUAAAA